UGCUCUAUCCACUGAGCCAAACCAGUCACAGCUUGGAGAAUAUUUUAAAAAGAAAUUUGUGCCUAUUUUUUUUUUAACUUUUUAUUCAAUCCCAGAAAUUUCCCUCCUCAGUCUUCCCCACUCUAAUUUUUACCAGUGAAUUUCAUGUAACCCCCAUAUGUCUUCUUUGAGUCUCAUGUAUGAAAAAGGUGCAAAACUGCUGUUCCUCUUACCAUUACUCAAUCUGUUGUUAUUUUGCUUCCUGGCAAAUAUUGCCAACUUGGGUCAAAGAAACUUAGAAAAAUUCCCCACAGGUUUGGACAUUCCUUACAACAACACCAAAAGCAAUUGACUCAUGUGAAGCAGGUGAAAGUUACAUGGAGGGGUGUCAGCAUUUCCAGGGACUGAAGUGACUGAAGACAGAUUUAUAAACACAAAUGUAGAGCAGACCCAGAACCCAGCAAGCUAGAGCUUUCCCCUUGCUUUCAGAGAACAGAAAAAAAAUGCUCAAGGCUCAGGUGACUUUGUUUUUAUUGUGUGCAUGCAUGUGUUUUUACUAUUUUUAUUAUUAUUUUUUGGGGAGGCCCCGCUGGGAUCCAAAACCAGGAGCAUGCAUGUGUUUUUAAUCCUCACCUGAGGACAUUACUUUUUACCCUCCCUACUGUCCCUCUAAGAUUCUGCAGUAAUUUCCAUGCUUCCAUGUCUCUGAGUCCACUCCAUCAGUUUUUUGUUCAUUAGAUUCCAAAUGUGAGUUUGAUCAAGUGAUACUGUCUUUCUCUGACUGACUUAUUUCACUUAGCAUGAUGCUCUCCAGGUCCCUCCAUACUGUGUGAAAUGGUAAAGAUUCUUCUUUUUUAUUGCUGCAUGGUAUUCCAUGCUGUAAAUAUACCACAGUUUUUUAUCCACUCAUCUACUGAUGGGUACCUAGGCAGUUUCCAGACCUUUCCUAUUGUAGAUUGUACUGCUAUGAACAGAGGGGUGCAUACUUUCUAUCUGAUUGUUUCAGGUUUCUUAGGAUAUAUUUCUAGAAGUAGCAUCACUGGAUCAAAUGGCAGUUCCAUACUAAAUUUUUCUUCAAAAACUCCCAACUGAUGUCCAUAAUGGCUGUAGCAGUUUGCAUUCCCACCAGCAGUGAUCUGGGUUCCCUUUUUUCCACCUCCUCCCCAGCACUUGUGGUUUGUUUAUUUGCUGAUGGCAGCCAUUCUGACAGUGGUGAGGUGAUACCUAAUUGUUGCUUUAAUUUACAUUUCUAUGACAAACAGUCAUUUUGAGCAUUUUUUCACAUCUCUUGGACAUCUUAUCCACACUGCAGCCCAGGCAGAGCUGACACUUCUGGUGGCAUCAGAAGCAGAUGCUCUUAAGUACGAGUGUCUGUUUUGUGACAUUAACUUUGUAUAAUGGAUUCAAUGGAGGCAGGUUAGAAUGUUGUAAUGUACCCCACGAAUCAUAGAAGGAUGUCUCAUGAAGUCGAAUUAAAGAGUCACAUUUAUUGCAAUCCAGGACUAUGAGGGGCCAUUCCCCAAAUCUCAUAGUAAUAAGAUGGUCGCCAAACCAGACUUAUAUAGGCAAAGAUCACAAAGAUAUUGAUUACAUCCCAGGGUUUGGAAUGAGGAACCUGAUUUGCAAAAAGCAGUUUACAGAAGCAGAAGCAGCAUGUUAUCUAAAUUACAGUUUUGGGUCUCUGGAUCACUGAAUUGACAGAAAAACAUUAUCUAGAGCCCUUGGGUCUGGAAUGAGGAACCUGGUCAGACUUAAGCAUGUUAUCUAAAUUACAGUUUUGGGGUCUCUGGAAUACUGAGUCAACAGGGACAGUUAACUGGAGCCCUCUGAGCCUGGGGUAAUCGUGCUGUCCUUCCCAGGUAAUGGAAAACGUGCUUUCUAAGACCAGUAUGAUCACAACCCAUGUGAUAGUCACAUUGCAAUCAAUAGGUAUUUAAUUGAAUGGGAUAAUUUAUAUAAUUCAGAAAAUCAAAAUAACGUAAAAGCAAAUUAAGUACAGAAGCCAAACAGCAGGGUUAAAGUUAAACUAUAGUUUCUACCUGCCAUGAUGGCUACCAUACUUCAAGAUCAAGUUAGAAACUUCAGUAACCUCCCCCAGCUACAUAUGGCCUGAAGGAGACACAUGCCAAAAGUCAUGAAUGAACAAACAAUUCCUGCCAUUCAGAAAGAGCAGGUCCUGUAAGAAAGAUAUGCGACACCAGCCACCCAGGUUCUUGAGAAAGAAACUUGCGCCAGACAUCACCUCCACUGAAGGCGCUAGAGGAUCCUUAGUGUACUUUGUGUGUUCUUGGGCUAUUUGCUCAUGAACCAGCCCGUUAGUCAAUUGAGACAUGCCAGAUCCUGACCUUGGAGCGGAGAAACUACAUUACCCAGAAGGCCACGCAUGGACUUCACCAGGCUGAGCCAAUGGGGACACAGGGAAGGCAUUUCCGUUUGGCCGCUUCUGUACAGCGGGACCCGUAGUCCUCCGGGCGGGGUAUUGUCUUCUGAAGUUUUUGUCUCAGGCGGUGAGGUUUUCCUGGGCGCACAGUCCAGUGGAGGAGGCCGGAGGGUGGUGCUCCCGGCCUCACAGCCCGUGGUCGGAGCCUCCAGUGGUGCUCACAGCUCACACGUGGGAUUGAAGCUCGGAGUUGCCACCCGGACCCACGCCAGGGCCGGGACAGGGACCGCCAUUCCUGCAGCGGCUUCUACUCCCGCCGCUUUCGCCCCGCUCAGCCCACAGAGGGCAAUGGCGGCGCCCCCGCUGAGGAGACGGGCUGAGGUUAGCGUGACCUUUGAGGACAUUGCCCUGUACUUCUCCAGGGAGGAAUGGAGCCUCCUUGAUGAGGGUCAGAGACAGCUGUACCUGAAUGUGAUGCUGGAGAACUUUGAACUUCUGUCCUCGCUGGGUUGCUGCUGUGGAGCAGAGAAUGUGGAGGCAACGACUGAACAGAAGGAUUCAGUAAGGGUGUCACAGGCAAGGAAUCCCGAUUUAGCCUUGGUUUUCCAGAAGAGCCACCCCUGUGAGGGUUGUCAACUAGUCUUGGGAAACAUUUUCCACGUGAUGGAGCUGCAGGGAAAACAACACGGAGAGAUACUGUUGAGGUGUGGGGCAUGUGCAAAACGAUUUUAUUUUCAUGCAAAAUUUCACCAGCAGCAUAUGAGAGAGAAGACAUUCAAUACAGGUGUGGACAGGAUCUCACUUGCAAACAGCCGCAAUUUCAAUGUGUCCCAGAAUCGUUUCUCCUGUAGGGAGGUUGGGCAGGAUGUCCUUACUGGGUCAGGACAUCUCCAGCUAAAGGCUACUCAGACCAGGGACAGUCCAACUGAAAUUUCGACAUGUCGGAAUACGUAUCAAAGGAGAAAAAAUGUUUACAGUAGAAAAAAAUGUAAGAGAGACACUAGUUGCACCCACACGUUUAUUCAGGAAAAAGGUGUCCAUCUUGGACGUCGGUGUUUUAUGUCCUCUGAAUGUGGAAAAUAUUUAACCAAAUUGUCUAGCUUUCAUUAUCAAAAAAGAGGUCACACUGGAGAAAAGCCUUAUAAAUGCAUUGAAUGUGGGAAAACUUACACCAGUAGCACUGAAAUUUUUCGUCAUCAGAGACUGCACACUGGCAAAAGUCCUUAUCACUGCAGUGAAUGUGGGAAAUAUUUUACCCGGAUCAGUAAUCUUCAUUGUCAUCAGAGAGUUCACACUGGAGAAAACCCUUACAAAUGUAGUGAGUGUGAGAAAUCUUUUAUGACUAGUGGUGCCCUUCAUUGUCAUCAGAGAAUUCACACUGGAGAAAACCCUUAUAAAUGCAGUGAAUGUGGGAAAUGUUUUUCCACUAGCAAUGACCUUCUUCGUCAUCAGAGAUUUCAUACUGGAGAAAAGCCUUAUACAUGCAGUCAAUGUGAAAAAUCGUUUACACGUAGCAGUGUUCUCUAUUAUCAUCAGAGAGUUCACACUGGAGAAAAGCCUUAUAAAUGCAGUGAAUGUGAAAAAUCUUUUAAAUUCAGCAGUGGUCUCCACUAUCAUCAGAGAGUUCACACUGGAGAAAAGCCUUAUCAAUGUAAUGAAUGUGGAAAAUCUUUUACCCAGAGCAGUGCCCUUCGUCGUCAUCAGACAGUUCAUACAGAAGAAAAGCCUUAUAAAUGCAGUGAAUGUGGGAAAUCUUUUAAAAGUAGCAAUGGUUUCCAAUAUCAUCACAGAUUUCACAUGGGAAAAAAGCCUUAUCAAUGCACUGAAUGUGGAAAAUCUUUUACCGGUAAGACUGAACUUCAUUGUCAUCAGAGAGUUCAUACAGGAGAAAAGUUUUAUCAAUGCAGUGAAUGUGAAAAAUCUUUUACGACGAAGACCCACCUUCAUCGUCAUCAGAGAGUUCAUACGGGAGAAAAGCCUUAUAAAUGCAGUGAAUGUGGGAAAUCUUUUAAAAGUAGCAGUGGUCUCCAAUAUCAUCAGAGAGUUCAUACAGAAGAAAAGCCUUAUCAAUGUAGUGAAUGUGGAAAAUCUUUUACCACUAAGAACAGCCUUCAUCGUCAUCAGAAAGUUCAUACGCGAGAAAAACCUUAUAAAUGCAGUGAAUGUGGAAAAUCUUUUACAGGUUGCAAUUGUCUCCAAAAUCAUUAGAGAGUUCACACUGGAGAAAAGCCUUAUAAAUGUAUUGAAUGUGGGAAAUCUUAUGAGGGCAGAAGUGGUCUCCUGUAUCAUCAGAGAGUUCACAAUGGGGAAAGCCAUUAUGAGUGCAAUUAAUAUGAGGUAGCUCUCAGCCAAUUUCUAAAUUUGCUCUGCACAUGAGUCCAAAUGUGAGAAAUUUCUUAGGUGUGUAGGAAAUGUAGUUUCUUAGUUAGGACUUAACAUUAGUACAAGAAAAUCUGCGAAUCCUCAUUUUUCUGAAUUGUAUCUGAUACAUUUAAUCACCUACAUUAUGUAAAGUUCCCAUAAGUGUUUUAUUUGUUGUCUUUGUUUUUAUGUUGAAUCAUUCUGUAAUUAUGUUGCACUUUUUAACAUACAGAAUUUGUUCAGUCAAUCAUAAUUGAUUUAAACUCUUUUUUUGAGACAUUUGUUGUGCUGCUUCACUGUUUGAUUGUAUUUUUUUUUAAUAUAUUUUAUUGAUUUUUUACAGUGAGGAAGGGAGAGAGAUAGUCAGAAACAUCGAUGAGAGAGAAACAUCGACCAGCCGCCUCCUGCACAUCCCCCACCGGGGAUGUGCCCGCAACCCAGGUACAUGCCCUUGAUCGGAAUCGAACCUGGGACUCUUCAGUCCGCAGGCAGAUGCUCUAUCCACUGAGCCAAACCGGUUUCGGCUG